GAACAAUGUAUUGUUUUGUAUUAAGAACUGAAUUGUUAAGAGUUGGACUCGUGUGUGAUAUCAGCUUUGAUCAGCGCUCUUUAAUGAAAACUCGCUCUUCAUCUUUGAGUCUUCGAGCUGACAAAGAUCUCCUCAGCACAGCAAGCACCAAUGGGCCUGCAUAACUCUCGUCCCAAGCUUUACCCCGGUGAUAUCCUUGAGUUUCCUGGCAACAAGUAUUUUUCUCAUUUUGGAGUUUACUACGGUGAAAGGGACGGGGUGCCUUACGUAGCCCAUUUGACAAUUCGAGAUUCAGACACGAAACUCUUACUAUUCGGCCGAGCUUUAAAUUCUGCAGUGAAGUUAGACCCGCUUGAUACGGUGGGGAAGAAAUACAAGGUGAAUAACUACUUGGAUGAAAAGCACCCGCCACGAGAUUUCUACUCUCACAUUAAACCAGAGAUUGAUGAAAUCAUGACGAAACCCAUCACAUUUGACAUCCUGUUUAACAACAGUGAACAUCAGGCCACAAUGUUACGAUAUGGGGUCAAAAAGUCAGAGCAGAUUGAGAAAGUCUAUUCGACCAUUGUUCCCACCUGGAAACAAUUAUUUGAGAAGAAAAUGGUUUGAGAGAUGUGACAUCAGGAUACACGAGAAUUGAGGAUUAUACAAAGACAUUCAUUCUUUAAUGGAAAAAAUUCACCAAACUUUAACCUAGACAAAGACAUAUUCAAAGACGAUUGACAGAUUUUUUGUUAUAUAAGUAUGGCUAUUUUAUAUACAAUCAAAACACAUUAAGAGUUUCUAUACUUUUUUUUUUUUGUGAAUGUAUUUGACAUUUUUUGUAUUUUAUGUCAGUCUCACAAAUGUCCACAAGGUGGCAGUAUUGAAUAAAUGUUUGCUGUGGGUAAACAGUGAGAGUAAACAUUACAACAAAUAUCAAAUGUAAACCAACACAUAUACAAAUGCAUUCAUUUAAAAAAGUAAGUUUAUCAUGAGUUUUACUGAUCUAUAACUGUAUCAAAUUUCCUCUCUCACGUUGUCUUUUAGUUUUUAGGUAAGUCCAGAUAACAUGUUAUUAAAAUGGCUUUAAUGGAAAA